AUGAGCCGACAUUUCUUGUACUACUGCAGUGAACCUAUCCUGGAUGUGAAGAUUGCGUUUUGUCAGGGAUUUGGCAAACAAGUGGAUGUUUCAUAUAUUGCUAAACACUACAACAUGAGUAAAAGCAAAGUGGACAACCAGUUCUACAGCGUAGAAGUAGGCGAUUCGACCUUUACAGUUCUCAAACGCUACCAGAAUCUAAAGCCCAUUGGCUCUGGGGCUCAGGGAAUUGUAUGUGCUUCAUAUGAUGCUGUACUUGAUAGAAAUGUGGCCAUUAAGAAACUCAGCAGACCAUUUCAGAACCAGACGCAUGCCAAACGGGCUUAUCGAGAGCUUGUACUCAUGAAAUGUGUCAACCACAAAAAUAUCAUCAGUUUAUUAAAUGUGUUUACACCUCAAAAAUCACUAGAUGAGUUCCAGGAUGUGUAUUUGGUUAUGGAACUGAUGGAUGCCAACCUAUGUCAGGUAAUCCAAAUGGAACUGGAUCACGAGCGGAUGUCCUACCUACUGUACCAGAUGCUGUGUGGCAUCAAACACCUCCAUUCUGCUGGCAUUAUUCACAGGGAUCUAAAACCCAGCAAUAUAGUGGUAAAGUCAGACUGUACACUGAAAAUCCUGGAUUUUGGACUGGCAAGGACUGCAGGAACAAGCUUCAUGAUGACUCCCUAUGUAGUAACCCGUUAUUAUAGAGCGCCAGAAGUAAUUCUGGGGAUGGGGUACAAAGAAAAUGUGGAUAUUUGGUCUGUUGGGUGCAUAAUGGGAGAAAUGGUCCGCCACAAAAUCCUCUUUCCAGGAAGGGACUAUAUUGAUCAAUGGAAUAAGGUUAUUGAACAGUUGGGAACGCCUUCCCCAGAGUUCAUGAAGAAAUUACAGCCCACUGUUCGUAACUACGUGGAGAACAGGCCCAAGUAUACAGGACACACUUUCCCCAAGCUCUUCCCAGACUGUCUUUUCCCAGCAGACUCAGAACACAAUAAAUUAAAAGCCAGUCAAGCCAGAGAUCUUCUGUCCAAAAUGUUGGUAAUUGACCCUGCCAAACGGAUAUCUGUGGAUGAAGCCUUACAGCAUCCAUACAUUAACGUCUGGUAUGAUCCAGCUGAAGUUGAGGCGGGGGUAAUGGAGGAUCUUUGGAAUUCACAACCCCAGAGGAUUGUGGAUGAUGAGAAACCUCCUCCCCAGAUCUAUGAUAAACAGCUUGAUGAGAGAGAGCACAGUAUAGAUGAAUGGAAAGAAUUAAUCUAUAAGGAAGUGAUGGAUUUUGAGGAGAAAACUAAAAAUGGUGUUGUGAAGGGGCAGCCGUCUCCCUCAGGUGCAGCAGUGAAUAGCAGCGAAAGCCUUCCUCCAUCCUCAUCAGUAAACGACAUCUCAUCCAUGUCAACCGAUCAGACCCUCGCGUCGGACACUGACAGCAGCCUGGAAACUUCAGCAGGACCGCUUUGUUGCAGGUGA